CUCUCUCUCUCUCUCUCUCUCUCUCUCAAUAUAUUAUAUAUAUAUGUGUGUGUAUAAAUAAAUCUCGUACAUACUUUUCUCCUUCCAUAUAUAGUUUCCAAUUCCAACUACAGAACUCAAGGCGUCUUCUGUAGAGAUAACUCGUAGUAGUUAUAUAUCCACUGCUAAACAAUCUUUUUGAUCCGAAACAACAGAGAAGCAAUGGGUUUAAGAGAUAUUGGAGCAUCACUGCCUCCAGGCUUUAGAUUCUAUCCCAGUGAUGAGGAGCUGGUCUGCCAUUAUCUCUUCAAAAAGAUUGCAAACGAAGACGUUCUCAAGGGUACUCUGGUGGAAAUUGAUUUGCAUACAUGUGAACCAUGGCAGCUCCCUGAGGUGGCAAAGCUCAAUUCCAGCGAGUGGUACUUCUUCAGCUUCCGUGACCGGAAGUAUGCCACCGGCUUCAGAACCAACCGUGCCACCACCUCCGGCUACUGGAAAGCCACCGGGAAGGAUCGCACUGUGCAUGACCCCAGGACUAGAGCUAUCGUGGGGAUGAGAAAGACGCUGGUUUUCUACCGCAACAGAGCUCCUAAUGGGAUCAAAACUGGUUGGAUCAUGCACGAGUUUCGCCUUGAGAACCCUCACAUGCCUCCCAAGGAGGACUGGGUCCUAUGUAGAGUAUUUCACAAAGGCAAAGGAGAGAACAGCAGCGCCAGACUCAGCCCAGAAAACGUCUUCGAAAGCUCCACAGCUCCACCCUCUUCUCCUCCUCCUCCUCCCGACCACCACCCCCAAUCCCUGCCCUUUCUGCAGAACCACCACCCAGCCAUCCCCUCUUUCUCCCAAACCCACCACCCUUCUUCGGGCUCCCUCCUCGACUUGUCACCUUUUAUCCACCCUAACUUUCUUCACUCCUCGACGUCUCGCGACAUGAACAACGCUUCCAUCGGCGAGAUCAACUCCAAGUGCGAGCAAGACUACGAGCUGUUACUCGACAUGGGUCUCGAAGAAAGCAGCUUGGGAGAUGGAGUUCAUCCCAGCUUCGGCGAAAUCAUGAGAUUUGAGGAAGAUGAUGAUGCUAGUAACGGGCUGAUUUUCCUCUGAAUUAAUUAAUUAAUAGAUAAUAUUCACAAAAACGCGCCUUUGAUUUAUUGGUUGAAUUGUGAUCCAGGUUCAGUUAGUUAAUUUGGUGUUUGGUUUUGAUAUAUAUUAUGCAUAUAUAUGGAUCGUACGAUGUUGUUGGUUGGACCCUCAAUUUCAUCCUAAGAUUGAUAAAGUAUAGUAGGUGAAUAUAUCAUAGGUAUUUGUAGAUGUAGGAGACUCUUUGUAUGUAUAUAUUGUGUAUAUUGGCGGUUUGUAAUGUUGUAAUUAACUAUUAUAUAUAUAUAUAUAUAUUCU